GAGCGGAGAGGAGGAAGAUGGCGGCGGCAAGCUUCCCCACCCCGCUGUAUGGCCACGUGGGUCACGGGGCCUUUAGCGACGUGUACGAGCCCGCGGAGGACACAUUCCUGCUGCUGGAUGCGCUCGAGGCGGCUGCAGCCGAGCUGGCGCGAAUUAAGCAGGGGCUGGCACUAUGAGCAGUGGAUGAGGCUGCCGCCUGUAGUGCCAAGAUCACAUGUGGGCACUGGUUCCAGUCCUGGCUACUCCACUUCCAAUCCAGCUCUCUGUGUGGAAAUAUGCCUGGAAGUAGGGUCCGGGUCUGGUGUGGUGUCUGCAUUCCUGGCCUCUCUGAUAGGUCCUCAGGCUCUGUACAUGUGCACUGACAUCAACCCUGAGGCAGCAGCUUGUACACUGGAGACAGCACGUUGUAACCAAGUUCAUAUUCAACCAAUAAUUACAGAUUUGGUCAAAGGCUUGCUACCGAGAUUGAAGGGAAAAGUUGAUCUCCUAGUAUUUAAUCCUCCCUAUGUGGUGACUCCACCCGAAGAGGUAGGAAGUCAUGGAAUACAGGCAGCAUGGGCUGGUGGCAGAAAUGGCCGAGAAGUCAUGGACAGAGUUUUCCCCCUAGUUACAGAGCUGCUGUCCCCAAGAGGAUUAUUCUACUUGGUUACCAUAAAAGAAAAUAAUCCAGAAGAAAUUUUGGAAACUAUGAGGAUAAAAGGUCUGCAUGGGACCACUGCACUCUCCAGGCAAGCAGGCCAAGAAAUCCUUUCAGUGCUCAAGUUCACCAAGUCCUGAUACACCUGUGUGAUGAAAACUCCUGGAAGCUGAAUGUGUUCUGUGUAUUUUGAAACUGAAGCUAUUCCUUGGUUAAUAAGGAAUUUUAUCAGAAAUUUGUCAUGAAUAAAAAGGUAGAAAGGUGGGGCAUUCCUUUUGAUCAGGGACUCAGGCCUGCAGAAAUGUUUACACAGAUGCAAGUGAGUAUGUAUAUUAUAUUUAUAAUUUGUAUCUUACAUAUAAAAGUUAUUUUUAUAUGA